AUGGUCACGAGGCGUAGAAAUAUGCAGAAAGCACAGCCUAGCGCAUCACAGCCUCAAAAGGAAGUGAAAAAGUCUAAAGAAUGUAGAGAUGUCUCUGGGGUCCUCCUCCUCACUGGUCUCUACAUCCUCCAGGGUAUUCCUCUAGGUUUGGCUUCCGCAGUACCCUUUCUGCUACAGUCGGACGAGCACACAGCAAGCUACCGCUAUCAGGCCAUCUUUUCUUGGGUCUUCUGGCCUUUCUCCCUCAAACUCGCCUGGGCGCCGUUUGUCGAUGCCCUCUACGUACCACGCCUGGGUCGACGCAAGACCUGGCUCCUGCCAGUGCAGUAUGCCCUGGGCGUUGACCUCUGCGUCCUCGGCGGUUAUGUGGAUCGAUGGCUAGGCCGACGCGAGGGCGAUCUUUGGGGUCCCUUGGGAGUGGCCGGAGCAGUACAAAUUUGGCCUCUCACUGCUGCCUUCUUUGGGCUUACGCUGCUGGCAGCGACACAGGACAUUGUGGUUGAUGGGUGGGCGCUAACGAUGCUUUCUGCAGAGAACGUGGGUUGGGCAUCAACGUGUAAUUCAGUGGGACAGACUAUAGGCUACAUUCUUGGAUUCAUAGUCUUCUUGGCUCUUGAGUCCCCCACCGUCUGCAAUACCUAUUUGCGCACCGUACCGGUGCCAGAUAAAGGGAUAGUCAGCUUUUCCGGCUUCCUAUACAUCUGUGGGAUUGUUUUCAUAGUCUCAACAACCCUGGUAGCCCUUUUCAAACGGGAAAAGGAGUCUACAACACUCAUGGAGGCAGUUCAAUCAUCACAACAGCCACAGCACAACAUGGAGGUGUUUGGUGAUAGUAUUGAAGACGAGUCACAAUGUCUCCUCCUUUCGAAUGGAACUGGGGAGCUGGAAAUUGUACCACAAGCGAUGGUAAUGGAGAGAACCACUGAGACGAGGAAAACCGAGACAUCGAAAUAUCUCACCAUCUGGGAGACGUAUCGUGUUAUGCUGAGGAUUCUGCGGUUGCGACCAGUGCUUCGUUAUAUUACCUUCGUAUUUAUUAUCAAGUUCGUCUUCUCAGCAGCAGAUAGCGUCUUCGGUUUGAAGAUGCUGGAACACGGCGUGUCGAAGGAGCGAAUGGCACUGAUUGGUUCUGCAGUUUUACCUUUGGAAGCCCUUCUGCCAAUCUGCGUCACAUAUUGGAGCAAUGGUCCACGUCCUCUAGGCGUCUUUCUCAACGCUGCGGUACCUAGGUGCAAUUGCGAUCUAUUCGUCCAUGUCAUAUCACCGAGUUAUCCAACAUCUUAUUUGUUUUCUACCCUGUCGUCUUUUAGGGCUUUGAUCUCGCUAUCAGCCGUUGUGAUUGUACAUUACAUAGACUACUUCCGAGUUACUCCAGUCGAAAUGCUAAACGGCACGACUACCGCUUCCUCCUUCUCUACCAGUUUUUAUAUCAUUCUGGUGACUCAAUUCAUCGUCUAUGCAAUCUUUGCGCACACCAUGUUCGUCUGUCAGAUGGCUUUCCACGCUCGUGUUGCGGAUCCAUCUAUUGGUGGAACUUACAUGACUCUUCUAAACACCGCCGCGAACCUUUCUGUUUCUCUGCCGUCCACCCUGAUGCUCUUCCUUGUGGAGCCCCUGACAUGGCGUUCCUGUGACAACGCGUCAAUAAAAGAGGCGAUGGCUGUUGUAAUGUCAUCCAACAAGCAUACAAAUCUCCUGGACACAAAACAGGGAAGGCUGCAGCACCUUGCAGAAAACUUCCUAGCAUCCAAUGCCACCUGCAAGGAUCUUCCUGGUGUAAAGGCCUGUAAAAUGGUAGGAGGUACAUGUCGAACCAUCGCAGACGGCUUCUACAUCGAAGUUGGCUUUUGCUUAUUGGUUGGACUGGUGGCCUAUUUCACAGUACUUCGCCGAAUGGCUUCAACUCUGGACAGCGUGCCUCUUAACGCCUAUCGAAUUCGUCGAAAGUCGGAUGACCCUGACGUUCCAAUCACUGCCACUCGGGCUUGA